AUGGGUCAUAAUUUCCCUUAUGUAACACGUUGGGAUUAUUUAGCUACUAUGUUUACAGAAGCGAUAACAAUAAAUGGACCGAAACAGUUGGGAAAUAUUCAAGUACCUAAAAGAGAUAGCUAUAUCAGAGUAAUUAUGUUGGAGUUCAGUCGUAUAGCUUCUCAUCUCUUAUGGCUUGGCCCUUUUAUGGCAGAUAUUGGUAGGCAGACCCCUUUCUUCUAUAUUUUUAGAGAAAGAGAGUUAAUAUAUGAUUUAUUCGAAGCUGCCAUUAGUAUGAGAAUGAUGCAUAAUUAUUUUCGUAUCGGAGGAGUAGCAGCUGAUCUACCUCAUGGCUAGCUAGAUAAAUGUUUGGAUUUCUGCGAUUAUUUUUUAACAAAAGUUGCUGAAUAUCAAAAACUUAUUACACGAAAUCCUAUUUUUUUAGAACGCAUUGAAGGAAUAGGAAUUGUUAGUGCAGAGGAAGCAAUAAAUUGGGGUUUAUCAGGACCAAUGCUACGAGCUUCCAGAGUACGAUGGGAUCUUCGUAAAGUUGAUCAUUAUGAGUGUUAUGAUGAAUUUGAUUGGGGAGUCCAGUGGCAAAAAGAAGGGGAUUCGUUAGCUUGUUAUUUAGUCCGAAUUGGUGAAAUGACGGAAUCCGUAAAAAUUCUAUAA